CAGAGGCAUUUCAUUCUCAUCUUUAGUCGUGAAUUGAACUUCAAAUAGAGCACAAGCAAGUUAACCACUCGAUCCCUCAUCGUUGAAUUUCACCCUGAACACCUUUAAAAGUGAAUGUUCGCUGCUGGAUUGAUUCCAGAGUCCCGUCGACAGUUUGCCUAACCUGGCCACUGACCGAGUAUUGAUUUUCUUUGUUCAGCAAAUUUGGACGCUAGCGUGGUCCCUCAAAUUUUAAAAAGGAAACAAGACUUUGUUGCCAAAUUGGCAAAUUCUUUGCUCCUCGCUAAUCUGAAGUGAAUUGAGUUAUUAAAUAAGUGGAACGUGCAAACAAAAGAAAGACGAUCGGUAAAAUGAAAGUGGUAAACAUAAACAGUGUGAAUCAUCAGCAUCAUCUGGAUGGGUUGCAGACGACGCUAAUGGAGGAUCCGAUUACGCCGAAAGCCACCUCCGAUGUGGCGGAAAAUGCGUCCGGUCGUGACACCGGUGGUGACAGCCAUGGUGGCGGUGGCAGUUGCUCGGGAAUCGCGUUGCCAUCGGAAAAGCCGAAUCAGAUACAGGCGCUGCUGGAACGUCACGAAAAUCCACAAACGACUGCGGCCAGUAUUAGCAACAAUAGCGGUAUUGCCCUCGCUGCAUGCGGUUCAUCAUUCGCCAUCACAGGUGUGUCAAAGCUAUUACGCAAUCUAUAUCUGUGCGGAGGCAGUGCGGCCAGCGUCCCAAUGAUGCGUCAACUGGGCGUAAGUUUGGUGAUCAACGCAACGACUGAAACGGAACUUCCCAACACUCCAUUGCCCUGUGAUGAAACGACCGGAUAUAUGCGGGUACCGGUUAAAGACAACCGGGAAGCGAACCUGGAACAAUACUUCGAUGAAGUGGCCGACAAAAUUGAAGAGGAAUCCAAACUCAACGGAGUCACCUUAGUCCACUGUGUGGCCGGUGUUAGUCGAUCUGCUUCCUUGUGUUUGGCUUACCUGAUGAAAUACCACAGGAUGACCCUGAAGGAUGCCUACAAUCAUGUGAAAGCGCGCCGACCACAAAUCCGACCGAACGUGGGUUUCAUCAGGCAGUUGAGUGAUUUCGAGUUCCAGCUGACGGGAAAUCGGUCGGUCACCAUGGUUUACUGUCACGCCUUGGACCAAGAACUUCCCGACAUCUACGAGCCGGAAUUUCGAACGAUGGAACUGAUGUACCAAAAGUUCCGUCGGAACAUUGCUAGGCGCUAGGAGCGCCCGUAAGCUUCUCUACAUUGCCCCAGACGUUCGAAACUGUAUUCCCAUCACUCGUAAGAUGAUCUAUUACUAGAUUAAGAUGACACACACUGAUAUUCACACACAUUUAGAGAGUAACAACGGCACCGAUUAAGCCGUCGUAGAUUUAGAUCGUCCUAAUGUUCAAACAAUUAACCGCACAUAUUCGUACUCUAAGUUGGUGUUAUUUACUCGCGAGUAUUGACUACAAUGUAUGUAUACUGUAUAACCGUCUUCAGUUUAGUUUACGAUUAGCUGUAGGAACUGUUCCAAGGAACCAGGCUCAAAUUGCCCACCGUGUUAUAACCGUGUUCUAAUCUGUGAGCUCUAACCACCGGUCGGAAUACAGCUAUUCAAAAACUUGCGAAAACUAUUAGGCCAGGGACCAAUCCUGCUAUACUAUUAUAUUUCCCCUCUAGAAUUAUUCUUAGUAAUUUAGGAUUCAGUUUGGCUCUACAAAUAUUGUACUUGAUUUUGUUUGAAUCAUGUAACUUGACAAAAAAAUAAAAACUCUAGAUAUUUUUGUCAUUGCCAAUAUAUCGUAACUCUAAUAAACAAUAGUUGUAACAAAAA